ACACUCCUGCGCAGCCUUCGCUGAACAACAUACAAAGCGAUCAUGAGGCUCUUGAGAUCUUCCUUCAUCCUGGCCGUGGCUAUAAGCCUGGCCACGGCAGAGGAAAAGGCGGAAAAAGAUUCAAAGGCUGAACCAAAACAGGUUGAAGAAAACAAAAAACAAGAUAAGAGAGGUCUUUCCGAUUUUUAUGGUGACCAUGGUUUCGGGGACAGUCACGGUUUCGGAGACCAUGGAGGAUUCGGCGGAGAUUUUGGAGGCUCAGAAGGAGGGUUUGGGCAUGAGCAUCAUAAUCACGAAACGCACGAAAAAACCAUCACAGUAGUGAAGAAAGUGCCAGUACCUUACCCAGUAGAAAAACACAUUCCAUAUCCAGUGGAGAAAAAAGUACACGUGCCAGUAAAGGUACACGUACCUCAACCCUACCCAGUUGUGAAAACUGUACACUAUCCCGUCAAGGAGAUCGUUAAAGUGCCUGAAUAUAUUCCCAAGCCAUACCCAGUAACAAAACACGUACCGUACCCCGUUAAAGUUCAUGUUGAUAGGCCUGUUCCUGUCAAGGUCUACGAAAAAGUCCCCUACCCAGUGGAGAAGCACGUCCCAGUACCCGUCGAAGUUCAUGUACCGCACCCAUACCCAGUCGUGAAAGAGGUGCCAUUCCCCGUUAAGGUUCCAGUGAAAGUAAAUGUACCAUACCCAGUUGAGAAGACCAUCCACUACCCCGUCAAAGUGCACGUUGAUAACCCAGUACCAGUUCAUGUAGAAAAGCCUUAUCCCGUACAUGUAGAGAAGAAAGUGCCUUACCCAGUCGAGAAACCAGUACCUUACCCCGUGAAGGUUCAUGUUGAUAACCCAGUGCCAGUACAUGUCGAGAAACCAGUGCCAGUGCCAGUGAAGGUACACGUCCCAGUGCCUUACCCAGUUGAGAAGGUCAUCCCCUAUCCCGUGGAGAAGAAAGUGCCAAUCCCCGUGAAGGUCCUAGUUGACAACCCUGUGCCCGUUCACAUUGAAAAGCAUGUAGCUCACCACGUCGAGAAACACGUGCCCUACACCGUCAAGGUCCCCGUCCCUAUUAUUCAUGAGGAGAAACAUCAUGGACAUCAUGAACAUCACGGACAUCUUGAACAUCAUGGGCAUAAUGAACAUUAUGAACAUCAUGAACCUAUUGAACACCAUGAACAUCAUGAACAUCAGGAGCUUCAUAAUGAUUUCCAGGGAUCUUUCGGUAGCCAAGAGGGAGGAUCCGAGUCUGGGAGCCACUUCGGUGACUUCGAAGGUGGUCACGAGUACCAUCACUAAAUAGUACUGAUCUCUUUUGUUUUUGUUAGCUUUAAAUGUUGAUUUGUGUUUAGACAUCGAAUAAGUAUUUUUAUUUUAAAAAACAGGACUGGAUAUGUUAAUAUAAUACCGAAAGUAUUAUAAUAUACAUUUAUGAAACUUU